ACAGCCAGCUAGCUAUGUGUGUGAUGCUAGAAAACCGUGUUCUUUUUCUUCCCCAACUCUCCCUUUGUUUUAUUUUAUUAUUAUGUGUAUGAGUAUGUAUAUACUGUAUAUGUGUGUCUAACGCCUAAUAAUAAUACUCCUCCGAGGCUGGGCGGUAGUAAUAUUAAAAAUAAUAAAUUUAUGUGGCUUUGGAUUCUUGUAGCAGAUAGAUCGUGCCUGCCAACUUUUGUUAGAAUGGGGUUGGGGUUACAAUCCCUCAAACUCUGUACCCAGAGCCAUUACUUACACUAGUUUAUUCUAAUCAUCAUCCACUUAUUUAUUUUUUAUUACUAGUAUUACUUAUUCUUCUUCACAUCACAUAUAUCAUACACUUGACCCUUGUAUUCAUUCACUUGCAAAAUGUUGAUGAAGAAGAACGCCACGUUGCUGCUACUCACCAUCCUUCAUCUGCUCUCCUCUUCGAGUUUUGUCAAAGCUGAUACAGAUCCAGACGAUGUUUCUGCUCUGGGGGUCUUGUAUACCAGUCUAAAUUCACCUCAGCAGCUUACAAAGUGGACUGCAAAUGGUGGUGAUCCCUGUGGAGAGUCAUGGAAAGGCAUCACCUGCUCGGGCUCAAAAGUCACAGAAAUAAAAUUACCAGGUCUUGGGCUCACAGGAUCAAUGGGUUACCAGCUAACGAAUUUGAAAUCAGUAACUACCUUUGACCUGAGCAAUAAUAAUCUCGGGAACCAGAUACCUUAUGGGCUACCACAAAAUUUGCAACGACUAAAUCUUGCUGGAUGUGGUUUCACUGGCGGUGUCCCAUAUUCCAUAUCACUAAUGACUAAGAUCGAGUACAUAAAUCUUAGUCACAAUCAACUACAGGGCCAGCUAACUGACAUGUUUGGAUCGCUUUCAGCUCUCUCUACUUUGGAUAUCUCUUUUAAUUCCAUGACAGGUGAUCUUCCUGAAAGUUUUACCGCUCUUUCAAGUAUGGCCAAUAUGUAUUUGCAAAACAACCAGUUUACAGGCUCUAUUGAUGUCCUUGCUAAUCUUCCCCUGCGAAAUUUGAAUAUUGGAAAUAACCAUUUCAGCGGUUGGAUUCCUGAAAGAUUAAAAAACAUAAAUAUUCAGAGAGAGGGCAACUCAUGGAGUUCCGGUCCUGCACCACCUCCUCCACCUGGAACUCCUCCAUCCAGCAGUGGCAACCGAAAUAGAAAAUCAAAUGACAAUAAAAACUCAUCAGAUGGUGGUGGAAGCAAGAAAUCAGGUUUAGGCGGUGGUGGUGUGGCAGGAAUUGUGAUAUCCAUUUUAGUUGUUGGAGCCGUGGUUGCAUUCUUUGUAGUGAAGAAAAGGUCCAAAAGAUCAUCUGCAGAUGUAGAGAAAGCUGAUAGUCAGCCUUUCACUUCUUACGCUUCACAAGAAGUCCAAGAAACGAAACCUACUCAGGCUUCCUCCAUGCCAGUUACAAAAACAUUUGAAAAUUCUGCCUCAUUCAAUCUGAGACCUCCACCAGCAGAUCGCCACAAAUCAUUUGAUGAAGAUGAUCUAUCUGUGAGGCCUAUUGUUACAAAGAAAGUAAACACAGCUUCGAUUAAUGCCAUAUCAUAUUCAAUAGCAGAUCUGCAGAUUGCAACAAAUAGCUUUAACGUUGAGGAUCUUAUUGGCGAAGGAUCCGCUGGACGUGUUUAUCGGGCUCAAUUUGAUGAUGGCAGGGUUCUUGCUGUUAAAAAACUAAGUUCAUCUGCUUUGCCAAGUCAUUUGUCUGGAGAUUUUGUGAAUAUGGUUUCAGAUAUAUCCCAGUUGAGGCAUCCUAACGUGGCUGAAUUAGUUGGAUAUUGUUCUGAGCAUGGGCAACAUUUGCUAGUUUAUGAGUUCUAUAAAAAUGGUUCUUUGCAUGAUUUCUUGCAUGUCUCCGAUGAAUACAGCAAACCCUUGACUUGGAACACCCGUGUCAAGAUUGCUCUGGGAACUGCACGUGCAUUGGAGUAUCUGCACGAAGUUUGCUCGCCAUCUGUUGUUCACAAGAACUUCAAAUCAGCCAAUAUAUUAUUAGACACGGAGCUCAAUCCUCAUCUUUCAGAUUGUGGAUUGGCAAGUCUUGUCUUAGAUGCAGACCAGGCUUUGAACCACAAUGCAGGUUCUGGUUACAGUGCACCCGAAGUUGCAAUGUCUGCUCAAUACACUAUAAAAAGCGAUGUGUACAGUUUUGGAGUUGCUAUGUUGGAACUUCUCAGCGGACGAAAACCAUUUGAUAGCUCAAGGGCAAGGUCAGAGCAGUCUCUUGUUCGGUGGGCAACACCCCAGCUCCAUGAUAUUGAUGCUUUGGCUAAGAUGGUUGAUCCAGCACUAAAUGGACUAUACCCAGUUAAAUCCCUAUCCCGGUUUGCAGAUGUGAUUGCUCUCUGUGUCCAGCCGGAGCCUGAAUUUCGGCCACCUAUGUCAGAAGUGGUCGAGGCACUGGUUCGACUGGUGCAGCGGACAAACAUGAGUAAGAGAACAGUGGGGAAUGAACAAGGCUUAUCUCCAAGGGAUGAUAAUGACCGUGAAUUCUAGAUGAGUGACAGGAAAAUUUGGUUCUUCCUCUUUAUUUACCUGUGAGAUGAAUGUGAAAAGUUGUGUAUGGUUUUUUGAUUGCCAUUGUUAUUAUCUUUUAGAGAAGAUAGCUUGUUGCUGUUACAUUUAUUUGCAUGUCCUUAAUUGUUAUAUGACCUCCAGAGCACAGAAUAUACGCCAGAUUUGUUUAUACUAAUAAUUUUUCAUUUUUUC